UCUUAGAGCAACAGCUGGUGAGCAAUGCACGGAGCAGACUUGUAACCGACUUACAUCAUCUUCAACAUGAAGAUAGCUACAGUGCCAAUGCUUCUGACCCUGGCUCUUUGCCUCAUACAAGAUGCUGCCAGUGAGGAUGAAAAUCAGGAAACAUGCAAUGAAUAUCGGGCAUUGAUGAAAAAUGGAAAAUUGUUCUGUUCCAGAGAUAAAAAAUUUUUUGAAAGCCCUGAUGGAAUAAUGUUCAUCAACAAAUGUGCCUCAUGCAAAAUGAUAUUGGAAAAAGAGGCAAAAUCCCAGAAAAGGGAUUUAACAAGAGCCACCAGGGCCACUGCCCCAGCAAAGGAUGUGUGUAGUGCUUUUCGGCCUUAUGUGAAGGAUGGAAGACUUGUAUGCACAAGGGAAAAUGAUCCAGUUCUUGGUCCUGAUGGGAAGACGCAUGGCAAUAAGUGUGCAAUGUGCGCUGAGCUAUUCUUAAAAGAAGCUGAAGAAAAUGCCAAACAAGAAGGUGAGACCAGAAUUCGGCGAAGUGCUAAAAAGGAUUUUUGCAAGGAAUACGAAAACCAAGUGAGGAAUGGAAGACUGUUUUGUACCCGGGAGAGUGACCCAGUCCGUGGCCCUGAUGGCAGGAUGCAUGGCAACAAAUGUGCCCUGUGUGCUGAAGUUUUCAAACGGCGUUUUAUAGAAGAAAAAAAUAAAGAAGAUAAAACCCGGAGAGAGGCUGAAGAAAAAGCUAAAGUUAAAACAGAAAUUGAGAAAAUGUGCAGUGAAUAUCAGAAUCAAGCAAAGAAUGGAAUACUGUUCUGUACCAGAGAAAAUGACCCUAUUCGUGGUCCAGAUGGGAAAAUGCAUGGCAACUUGUGUUCCAUGUGUCAAGCCUUCUACCAAGCAGAAGCUGAAGAAAAGAAAAAGGCUGAAGCAAAAGCAAGAAGUAAAAGAGAAUCUGGAAAAGCACCCUCAUAUGCAGAGCUGUGCAGUGAAUACCGUAAGUUUGUGAGGAAUGGAAGACUCCCUUGUACCAGAGAGAAUGACCCCAUCCAAGGCCCAGAUGGGAAAAUGCAUGGCAACACCUGCUCCAUGUGUGAGGCCUUCUUCCGAGCAGAAGAAGAAGAAAAGAAAAAAAAGGAAGGUGAAUCAAGAAAUAAAAGACAAUCUGAGAAUACAGCUUCCUUUGAGGAGUUGUGCAGUGAAUACCGCAAAUCUAGGAAGGAUGGACGUCUUCUUUGCACUAGAGAGAACGACCCCAUCAAGGGCCCAGAUGGAAAAAUGCAUGGCAAUGUCUGUUCCAUGUGUGAGGCCUUCUUUCAACAAGAAGAAAGAGCAAGAACAAAGGCUAAAAGAGAAACUGCAAAGGAACUCUGCAGUGAAUUUCGGAACCAAGUGAGGAACGGAAUGCUCAUAUGCACCAGGGAGAAUGAUCCUGUCCGUGGCCCAGAUGGCAAAGUUCAUGCAAACAAAUGUGCCAUGUGUGCAAGUGUGUUCAAACUUGAAGAAGAAGAGAAGAAAAAUAAUGGCAAGGAAGAAAAGGAGAAAGUUGAUGCUGAGAAAGUUAAGAGAGAAGCAGUACAGGAGCUCUGCAGUGAGUAUCGUAACUAUAUGCGGAAUGGACGACUUCCCUGCACCAGAGAGAAUGACCCCAUUGAGGGCUUAGACGGGAAAAUUCAUGGCAACACCUGCUCCAUGUGUCAGGCCUUCUUCCAGCAAGAAGCAAAAGAAAAAGAAGAAGCCAAAUCCAGAGCAAAAGCUAAGAGAGAAGCUGAAAAGGAUGCAUGCAGUGAAUUUCGGAGCCUUUUGCAAAAUGGAAAUCUCUUCUGCACACGAGAAAAUGAUCCCGUGCGUGGCCCAGAUGGCAAGACCCAUGGCAACAAGUGUGCCAUGUGUAAAGCAGUCUUUCAGAAAGAAGAUGAAGAAAGAAAGAGAAAAGAAGAGGAAAAUCAGAGGAGUGCCGGAGGGAAUGGUUCCAGUGGCGGUGGAGGAGGGAAAGCUCAGGACCAAUGUGCUGAGUUUCGGGAAGUAAUGAAAAGUGGAAGUCUCAGCUGUACUCGGGAGAAUGAUCCCGUACGUGAUGCCGACGGCAAAUCAUACAACAAUAAGUGUACCAUGUGUAAAGAGAUGCUGCAAAGAGAAGCAGAGGAAAAAAAUAAGCAUUCCGGUGUCAGAUCAAAUGGGACUGACUCAGCAUCCAAAAAAGAUGAAUGUGAUGAGUUUAGAAGCCAAAUGAAAAAUGGACAACUUAUCUGCACACGAGAAAGUGAUCCUGUCCGGGGUCCAGAAGGCAAGAUGCAUGGCAAUAAGUGUGCUAUGUGUAAGGAAAAACUGGAAAGGGAAGCAGCUGAAAGAAAAAAGAAAGAGGAUGAAAACAGAAGAAACACAGAAGAAAGGAGCAAUGAAAAACAGGAUCAGUGUCACGAAUUCCGGAACAUGGUGAGAGAAGGAAAGCUUAUCUGCACCAGAGAAAAUAACCCUGUUCGAGGUCCAGAUGGCAAGAUGCACGUCAACAAGUGUGCCAUGUGUCAGAGCAUCUUUGAGCGAGAAGCUAGUGAAAGAAAAAAGAACGAUGAAGAAAAAUCAAAUGCCAAGCCCUCAAAAGAUGCAAAGGAUAACUGCAGCAAGUUUCGGCAGUACGUGAGGAAUGAUGAGCUCAUGUGCACUCGAGAGAAUGAUCCCGUGCGUGGCAUUGAUGGAAAGUUAUAUAAAAACAAGUGCUACAUGUGCAGAACUAUCUUUCAAAAAGAAGCUUCAGAAAGGGCAGGAAUUCGAGAAAAGCCAUCCCACUCUAGAUCUUCUGAAGAGGAAGACAGCCCAGAUUCCCUCAAUACUCUGGAUUCUGAGAUGUGCAAACACUACCGAGUAUUGCCCAAGAUAGGUUACCUUUGCCCAAAGAAUUUAAAGCCUGUCUGUGGUGAUGAUGGCCAGACGUACAACAAUCCCUGCAUGCUCUGUCAUGAAAAUCUAAUGCGCCAGACUAAUACACACAUACGCAGUGAAGGGAGGUGUGAGGAGAGCAGCACCCCAGGAACCACAGUUCCCAGCGUGCCAGCAUCUGACAAAUGAUGUGAGAAUUGGUGAAAGCCAUGAGGGAAAAUGUAUACCCCGAUUCUGAACUGCCUACCUUAUCCAUCUGUAUAUACAAAUAACUCUUCAGAGCUCAUCUUAUUUACUGUAGAAAACCAUACAGAGCUGUUGGGGGAAUGGACUCACUGACUUUCAGUCUUCCAUCUCUUUCCUCCUGGAUUCUUUGAUCUGAGGGCACAGAAACACUUCCACCCAAUCUGUGCUCUGGAAAGCUCCUGAUCACAAUGCUGUCUGUCCAACUGCUUGUUCAAUAAAAGUAAACCCAGCAGAA